AUGAACCCACAGCAGUAAUAAAAAAAUAAAGUGUUUAACAACUAGUAUUAAAUAGUAAAAAAGCUUUCUUCUGGUUCAUUUGGAGUAGUGUUUUUAGGAUAAGACUUAUUAUCGAAAUAGGAGGUGGCUAUAAAAGUAGAGAAAGAAGAGAAUGAAGAAGUUAAAUCUUUAGAAAGAGAAGUUCAAAUUUUAAAGAUUCUAGAUGGAAUAGAGGGAUUUCCUAAAUAUUAUUGGUCAGGAGAAGAUCUUGGUUAUAACAUCUUAGUAAUUUAAUUGCUUGGUAAAGAUUUGGCAUUCCAUUUCAAAUAACUUAAGAGAUUCAAUCUGAAAUCAGUUUUAACUAUUGGAAUAUAGGCUGUGAAUCUUUUAGAAAGAGCUCAUUAAAAAGGAGUAAUACAUAGAGAUUUGAAACCUGAAAAUAUGAUAUUAGGAAUAGGAAAUGAAAUUUCUAAGUUAUAUCUUAUAGAUUUUGGAAUUAGCAAAGUAUAUAGAGAUGCUAAUGGAAGACAUAUGUAAUUAUUAUAUUAGGAUAUAGUAUUUUCAAAGAUUAAAAGUCUUUUUUAGGAACUACAAGAUAUGCUUCAAUUGCAGCUCAUUUAGGUCAUGAAUUAGGUCGAAAAGAUGAUUUAGAGUCCCUAAUGUAUAUUUUACUCUACUUUCUACGAGGGUAAAAAAAUAAUUAUAAAUAAGGUAGUUACCUUGGUAGAAUAUGGUAAAUGUAACAGAUGAUGAAAGAACAUAAAAAGUUGGAGAAUUAAAAUUAUCAUUAGAAAACGAAAUCUUUAAAGAUCAAAUUCCAGAGUUUUAGAAAAUUUAUNA